CAGAGAGAUUUGUUUUCACAGUGAACUCCGCCCUGCAGAGAUGACUACUGUCAAUGGACAACACACGACUGCGACAGGCCAGCGAAGAGUUUGUUUAAUUUGGAUAAAACUGCUUGGACCCGACUUUGAGAGCUCCCUGCCGGCGUGCUGACGUGGGAGACACCGCACGCUGACAAGCUAACCCAACGGCCACUCUAUGCAGGUGCUGUGGCCGAGAUGUGAGAGGGGGUCAUGCCUUUGGUCAAGAGAAACAUUCAGCCUCGGCACCUGUGCCACGCUACAGUGCCUGACGGGAUUGGCAACGAGCUGGAAUGUGUGACCAACAACACGCUGUCCGCCAUCAUCCGCCAGCUCAGCAGUCUGAGUAAACAUGCAGAAAAUGUUUUUGGGGAGCUUUUUAAUGAGGCCAACACUUUUUAUGUGCGCGCCAACUCACUCCAGGACCGCAUCGACCGCUUGGCCGUCAAGGUCACCCAGCUGGACUCCAGCGUGGAGGAGGUCUCUCUUCAGGACAUUAACAUGAGGAAGGCAUUCAAAAGCUCUGCUGUCCAGGACCAGCAGGUUCUGUCCAAAGGCAGCAUUCCAGGCUCGGUGGCUGAGAUGCACAACAGCAGCGACAGGCCUCCUCCUCUCAGCACCCUCACUGCCUACAGAGAGGAUUCCACUGAUGCCAUGAAAUACUACUCAGACCCAUCAUACUUUUUUGACCUGUGGAAGGAGAAGAUGCUUCAGGACACAGAGGAAAAGAGGAAAGAGAGGCGGAGGCAGAGGGAACAGAAGCGAUGUGUGGAAAGCAGCACGCUUCAGCGCGAGGUGAAGAAAGUGAGAAAGGCUCGAAACCGCAGACAAGAGUGGAACAUGAUGGCAUUCGAUAAGGAGCUUCGUCCAGAUCACCGCCAUCCACAGAGUCUCCGGCGAGGAGCAUCAUCUGAGGGCUCGCUCUCCCCAGACGGCAGGCCUGACCUUCCAGACUACCCCAUCCCUCCAGUGCCUGCCCACGCUGCUUGUAAUCAUGCCAAGUCACAUGAUUAUGUGCCUGGGAACGCACACCCCUCACCACCUGUGGAGCAUGAAUACCACAGCAUUGAUGUCAACUACAAGAGAGUAACCUACGCCACAGCAGAGCCGCAUGCUGCAGACCGAAUGAACGGCUCAAUACGUCCACCUGCAGAUUACAACUCUCUCCCCCUACCUCCAGCUCCGGGCCCACCCAUCCCAUCAGCACAGACAGCGUUUGGCUUUCCUCUGGGUGCGCUACCACCAACACCACAUAAUGGAGUUUUGCACGUAGGCCCAGGUUACCCUCUGCCACCUGUACCACCUCCAGGGCCACACAUGUUCCCUCCUCCUCCAGGUCCCCCACCUCCACCUCUCCCUCCCCCAGCUGUACCCUUACACCUGGCAGGACAGAGCGAAGGCGGCAGAGCUGAGACUAAACCUGUGAGAGAUGCGAGAAGUGACCUGCUGUCCGCCAUCCGCAUGGGCAUCCAGCUGAAGAAAGUUCAAGAGCAACAGGAGCUGCAGAACAAGCAGGAGCCGGUGGGGAACGACGUGGCCACCAUCCUGUCCCGACGCAUUGCAGUGGAGUACAGCGACUCUGAUGACGACUCUGAGCUGGAAGAAAACGAAUGGUCAGACUGACCAAACAUAAAUUGAAGCACAUGGCUCAAGUUUUGCUUUAUUGAAUCUUCAGUGCAAAUGAACUGUGAAUCACUCUCUCUGGCUCCACCUAGUGGACGCUGCAGACCAAACCACCUCUGCCAAAGCACCUUUACUUCAUCUCGUAGUAUCAAUGUGCUGCAACAUUCAUUUUCCAUGAGGAAAUGACGUGAGUGGCAGUUUGCAUCAUUUCUCUGAAACAGGUGAAUUUUGGGAUCUACUGCAUGCAGCUUUUAAAAAGUGAUAAAUUGUAUGAUCACUAAAUAUUUAGUUUUGUACCACUGAUGAAAUGUGAGCCAUUGUUUUUCUCACCGUCAGUAUGUUUUAAUAAAAUGUCCUCUCGUGAUAGCAAACUGACACCUUGAACACACCAUACCCACUGAAAUGUGCAGUAGACCAUAAAGCUGACAUCCACUUUUCACUGGAGACAUUUUGACUUGUUGCAAUUGGAAAAGCACAGGUAUUAAUAAUUAAAGGAUUGGCUGCAUUCCAUGUAGCUGCUUCAGUUUCAGGAUCCUGGUGCUGUGCAUGCUGGCUCAUUGUCACACUGUCAUGACUUACUGGGACAUUCAAAUAGAACAAAGCCAUUAUUGUAUUCUUAAGGAACAAUUGUAUUUAUCCUAUUAUGACAAGUCAAAAUGUCUGCUGUUGAAAACGCCUGCUAUUUAAAAAUGACUGCAGUAAUAUGAAUCAUUUAUCUUCAUCAUUUUAUGGAAUUACACAUCCCUGAUAAUAUUUUGGACUACAUGUACCCCUCCCUAUAUUAUGUGAAUGUUUUAUGAGUGAUUUCAUUUGACGUUUUGUGAACACUACCUCAAUUUGUGACCAUCAACUACCCCACAAUACGAUAUGUGUAGUAGCUACAAAUCAUGAUGAGUCUAAAUACAGUUUUGCUCUGCCAUUGUUGUGAUGUGUCCUUGAAAAAGUUGACAAAUCAUUAACUUUUUUCAGUAUCAGCAAGAAUAUAAUGUGAUUGUCUCCUUUA